GUGCAGUUCGAUGCCUGCUCCUGGGGCUCGAGCUGUGGCUGCUGCCUACCGCUAUCACGUUUCCUCAAGUCUCUCCACAUUUUACUAGAACUUUCCUGUCACUCCUGAAACGCUGUCCACAUUCUUAGCAAAUCCAUGGCAACCGAACGCUUCCCCGAUAGCUUCAUUGACGAAGAUCCACAGAAAGCUCUGGAGGAACUUAAUGAGGCCUUGCAAGGAGACUCUAACAACGCUGACUGGUGUUGCCAGCGUGCCUAUGCCCACAUACUUCUCAAAAACUACAGCUGUGCUGUUGAUGAUGCCAAAAAAGCACAGCAGCUAAAACCCAGCCUUCCCCUUGCUUUCAUGCGAACAGGAAUAGCAGAAUACCACCUUAACCACUGUGAGUCAGCACAUGCAGCUUUCACUCAGGGACACCAACUGGAUGUUUCUGACAAAUCUUUUGAGAUCUGGAUCAAGCGGUGUGAGGAGAGGAUGGGUGAGCAGACUCAGAUCGGCAGCAUCAACAGGCAGACACCAGCGGUUCCACAUGUGAAACGUGACUGGUACCAAACAGAGUCUCAAGUCAUUGUCACAGUCAUGGCAAAAAAUGUACCCAAGGAUGGUGUGUGUGUAGACUUCAUGGAAAAAGAGCUCUCUGCCAAGAUACAGCUGGCAUCAGGGGAGAACUAUAACCUCAACCUCCACCUCCUGCACCCAAUCAUCCCUCAACAGAGCAGCUUCAAGAUCCUCACCACUAAGGUGGAGUUCAAGAUGAAGAAGACAGAUGGCAUGAGAUGGGAGAAGCUGGAGGGAGAAGGACAGGAGUCCAACAUCAAACACUUCGAUCCAAAUCAGUACCCAUCAUCGUCCCUCAACACCUGCAAAUGGGACAAGGUGGUGUUGGACAUCCACGAGGAGGAGAAAAAUGAGAAGCUGGAGGGAGACGCAGCCCUUAACACGCUCUUCCAGCAGAUCUACUGCGAUGGCUCAGACGAGGUGAAGAGAGCCAUGAACAAGUCCUUUAUGGAGUCCGGUGGUACAGUCCUGAGCACCAACUGGAUGGACGUUGCUAAGAGAAAAGUGGAGAUGAACCCACCGGACGACGUAGAGUUCAAGAAGUACUGAGCACCUCCCUGUCCCUCUCCCCUCUGUUUGGCAUCAUCUUUCUUCACAUACAGUACAGGCCAAAAGUUUGGACACAACUUCUCAUUCAAUGCGUUUCCUUUAUUUUCAUGACUAUUUACAUUGUAGAUUCUCACUGAAGGCAUCAAAACUAUG